GGCACGGCACAAUUUGUUCAGUCGAGUGGUGAGGGAGUCGGCUGUCGGGUGAUUCUAUCCGCCCGGCUUAUCGACAAAGGGAAAGUCCGUCGGUCGGUCAAGAUGCCGAAACGCGUCCAGCUCGUCGGUCGAUCGGUUUGCCCGUUGCUGCAUGCUGUUGCGUGUAGUUCAGACAUCUGGCCAAACUAUCCUGUUGUACUUUACACUAGAGGGCGCGCCGAUUACAAGCUGGCAUUUACAAAAUAAAUAUGGUUCUGUGUGAGUUCGCACAGCUGUCCCUGCCGGCACACAAAUAAGAUGAAACUGAAGAGGCUUUUCAAGAAAGGACGCAAUGCUGUCAUUACAGUGCUUUUUCCGCCCAACAAUACCUACACAAGUAUACGCAGGAUGGAUGACACAAGGAUGGGAGUCAGUACACAGACAUUGGUGUCUGUGGGAGGGAGCACUUCUUCUGCACCUGCCAAGAAAUUACCACAGUAUAUAGCUGCCAUAUUUGUGACUCUUGGAGCAAUGGCAGCAGGUACUACCCUUGCCUGGACCAGCCCAGCCAAUGCAGAACUUGACUGUGCUACGAAUAGUGGACAUUGUUACACUGCUAAUGAGCUUUCAUGGAUUGGUGCUUGUAUGCCACUUGGAGCUUUUGCAAUGGUCUUACCAAUUGGUUACCUCCUUGAUCUGGUGGGAAGAAAACUUACUAUGCUUUGUCUUGUUCCUCCAUUUGUUGCUGGAUGGGCAUGCAUUGUGUGGGGAGAUACAGUUGUUUGGCUGUGUGUAGGACGCUUACUGACAGGAGGAAUGGGAGGUGCAUUCAGUUUAACAGCACCUGUCUACACAAGUGAGAUUGCGCAAAAGGAAAUUCGAGGAACACUAGGAGGCUAUUACCAACUUAUGCUUACUGUGGGAAUACUGUUUGUGUAUUUGUUGGGACUAGGUGUAGAGCUGUUUUGGAUAUCCAUUGCAUGUGGUCUCAUGCCCAUCCUAUUUGCAGCAGCUUUUAUCUUCAUGCCUGAGACUCCAUUGUAUCGCCUGAAGCAAGGACGUGGUGAUGAGGCACGUAAGGCACUGCAGUGGUUCAGAGGCCCACACUAUGAUGUUGAACCUGAGCUAGCUGAAAUGAGAGAAUCUGUAGAGAGUUCAGCGAAGGAAAAGGUCUCUUUGUGGAAGGCCUUCAAUACACCAGCUGCACGAAAAGGAGUUCUUGUUGCUUUUGGCCUCAUGAUUUUCCAACAACUCAGUGGAGUAAAUGCUGUGAUAUUUUACACCUCCGACAUUUUUAAGAGCGCUGGGAGCGAUAUCGAACCUGCAGUAUCAACAGUCAUUGUGGGAGUUAUGCAAGUAGCAGCAACAUUUGUCUCUUCUCUAGUUGUGGACAAGCUAGGGAGGCGAAUUCUGUUGCUUGUCUCAGACAGUGUUAUGGCGUUGUGCUCAUUAUUGCUUGGUAUAUUUUUCCUCUUGCAAGAUCAGAAACAAGAAGGCCAGAUAGGAUGGCUCCCACUCGUUUCCAUGUGUCUUUUCAUUGUUGUAUUUUCACUUGGGUUUGGUCCCAUCCCAUGGAUGAUGAUGAGUGAGCUUUUUGCCCCAAGUAUUAAGGGUGUUGCAAGUUCAGUUGCAUGUCUGCUGAACUGGUUUCUUGCAUUUAUUGUCACAAAAUUCUUUUCUGACAUGAAAGAUGCAUUUGGUUCUGAUGUCACCUUCUUUAUCUUUGCUGCCAUUUCUACCCUUGGUACAAUCUUUGUUUUCUUCAUAGUACCAGAAACCAAGGGAAAGUCUUUGGAAGAAGUGCAGAGAGUACUUGGCGGAGAAGCUACUGAAGACAAAAGACAACAAGAUGAAGAGACAACUGCAGUAGAAAAAUUUUAAAUUGUUUAUUACAAAAAAUUAUUUACCACAGAGCUCACCUUUUUGUACUGUAGUAAUAGUCUAUGGUGAAUAACAACACAUGACUACUAGGAAGAAAGUAUGUCAGCUUUGCAGUAGUGAAACACAGCUGCAGCAGAACAAGACUGCAUGUGUACAUGUGCAUGUGUGCGUAUGUAUGUGUGCACGCGCCCACCCGCGUGUGAUAAAGAAGAGAGAAAAGGAUAGGAAUGCUUAUACAGAAGCAUUAUAUAGCUAAUAGUGCUGAAAGCGUGACACAUGAACUCAAAUAAUUAUUGUGUCAAGUCUUACAUUACAAUUUCUUUUAUUUUAAAUUUUUAGCACAAAGACUGCUGAAUUCCACUUGUGAUAAAGAGUGCUUAUUCAUGUCUGUUUAAUUAUCCCAAGUAAUUACUUUUGUAAGAAGUGCUGUUGCAGGCAGCCUUUUAUACACUGUUUGUAGACUCUGUUUGAGAGUUAAAAAUAAUGUGGGAAGAUUUUAAAAUAAUGACUCUGACCAUCAGAAUAUUUAUAACUCCAUACAGAAAAGCUGUUCGCUAGGGCAAGGAAUGUUACUUUCACAAAACUACAUUUUUGCUUUAUAAAUUUUCGCUGGAAAAGCAAAGAAUUUGACCAAUUUGGUAACAAUUAGGGAAGAAGACAACCUUACAUACCAGAAGAAAUCUAGAGCUGCACUUACUACUUAAUUUUCAAUUACAGAAAAAUAUAUUUAUAUAUAAUUUAUUUACUGUUUCAGAGCUGUCAUUUUUAAAAUGUUGCACUUCUUUGAAGCUACAUGUAAAAUUCUAAUAAUUAGGUAGGAAUCAAUGUAUAUAUUUAUUAGUGCCAUUAUUUUGUGAUAAACAACAAUUUUUGUGAAGCUCUUUGUUGAAAGUAACUGUGAUGAUGUAACGUUUGAUUACUAUUAAUUUUGGCAGCAAGAACUUAAGCUUCAUGGCCUUCAUCCCAAUUAUUAUU